GAAGUGGAGGAUUCGCCGCUCGGAAUUAUGAGCUCGUCUACAGGACUCCUUGAUCUGAUAACAACCAAUAGUUUAGUGUUUUCCAAAAGGAUGUAGAUUUUAAUUGUUCCAGAUUCCAUCUCGAUUUUAUUUUACAGUCAUAUAAUUAUAUAAGUUGCCAAAAAUAGUCGUUAUGGGUAUCAAGGGGUGCCUUCGUUUAUUAUCAGCCAUUGUAUUCAUUGGGCUGAUACCUGGAAGCAGAGGCCAGCAAUCUUCCGUGUGUACCUACACUCCUGUAACAUCCGGAUCUUUUUCUGCCUUAUAUCCAGAGGGCACAGCCAUAGUUGACACAGCAGCUGUUACUGGGACGCUCCCAAACUAUACUGUGGACAAUGCAGCCACCUCCUUCUCUGGGACUAAAAUCUCGGACCCAAAUACAUCCACACCCGUUUUCGAUAUUGACUUUUUUGUUCAGAUGGAUGACAGCAGUGCUAGUCCUGAUAUAGUUAACAUAACCCUUACGUUGACUCUGGUAAGCUUGGCAGGUGGACCAAUUACAGAUGCAUUACUGGACAUUGACCUUGGCACUGUGUUUCAAGCCUACUGGGAUGUUGGAGUUCCUGCUUCAGCAAAUCUUGUUGGUCGAUCGCAAGUUACUUAUUCCACAUCAGCUCUCACCGCUGCUGGUGACUCCGCUACCAUCACCUUCCUAGCAGAACCUACUGGGGCAGGGGGCACUAAUUUACCCGACGGAGUUACUCAUCUCUCUGUAGGGGUCAAUUUUACAGCAGGUGGAACAAAUUAUGAAAAGAUCUCUCCCACUGUGUGUGUGGAAAGAGAGACGAAUUUUGUUGGAAGUAUUGUGUAUGAACAUGGCUUCACCGCCUUGGUUUUCUUUAUCAUGCUGUUUGCCGGAAUUGGACUUGCCAUACUGGGCGUUUUCUUGUUCCUUUGCAUAAGGAGACGCAGGAGGGAUGCCUCAAUUUCCCCAUCCAAAUCUGAUGACAAGCGCAUUCGAGAGAAAGGGAAGAAAAUUGUCAUGGAUGCAAAAGCGGCUAUGAAACGAGGAAAUAAUGCUAUCAAAGAUUUUAGUUUGAUUGACUGGAAUGACAGCAUUGUCUGUAUCCUAGCUAUGAAGGACAAGCUGCACAUGUUCCGUGAAAUUGACAACCUGGACAUUCUCUCCACGAUUCAUGUGGACACAGAUUUAGAAACGGAACAAAAUGACGUUUCGGUGCAAGCCAGUCUCUUAUUGGUUCAAGGUCUUCGACACAAUGGAGAUAUUACCAAAGCAGCCGAAGAUAGGGCUAACACCAAGUUUCAGAAUCAGCUUAAAGAGCUUGACAGAAAGCUUGAUGCUGAUUACAAAAAAGAGCUUGAAUCUGUUUAUACAGAUGUCGAAGCCAAGAACAAGGAGAAGAUGGGUGACCUCUUGAGAAAGCAUAAGGAGCAGAGACAAGAGGCCUACAGGGUCGUCAAAGAUCUGUCAGAUGUUGAGAAGAAGCAGAUGAUGGACCUGAUGGACAAACAACAGCAGACGGAAGAGAAUGAACUUACUUACAAGUUGGCUCUACAGCAGAAUGAGGAGGCGGAGAAGUUGAGAAAGGAAUUUGCUAUCAGAAAGCGUAUGAACAUCAAAGAACUGCAGUCAUACUACAUGGAUGAUGUUGUGAAAGAAGGAGAUCUUAAUGCACAGAAAGCUGAGUGGCUUAUCAAACAGCACAAAGAACAGCAAGAAGAAAUUCAUCGAAUGUACGAUGAUGAAAUUUCCAGGCAAAGAAUGAACUUGGAGGAAAAACUUGCAAGGAGAAAAGCUUUAGCGCAAGCUAGUGAAACCCAGGAAGACGAUCAUAGUGAUCUUCUCAACGCUGUGGCUGCUAUUCAACUGACCCUCCUCACUAAGCUGAAAAAGUCUGGCCAGUUGAGUUCUGAUCAGAUAGAUGAAUAUGUGAAAGAUGCUAGAAAUGAAAUUGGACUUGUUAAAGACAAAUUGGAUAAAAGCAAGGAGUUGAAAGAGGAAGAAAUGUUUAAACGCAUGAGCCAGAGCAAAAGAAAAUCUUUGGCAGACCAGAUAAAUAAACACGCAGCUGAACUGCAGGAAUACAUCAGCAAGAAUAAGAGCCAGCAAACUGAGGGUCCUGUGGAUCCGUUGUCGUACGUGAAUGGUCUGUUGACCCUGAAGUCGAAGCACCGCAAGGAACUGACAAUGCUGGAGAACCAGAUUGACGAGGCUCAUGCAAAGGAACUUGAAACAGUUAGAGAUCAGCUGGCUGAGGGAUCCAAAGAAGAACUCAAGACCAUGGAAAGGAACUUGAUUGAGAAACUGAAGAGUGAUGGAAUGCAAGAUGAGGCCAUAAAUAAAAUCUUGAAGACCCAUGACAAGACUGUGAGUGAGCUCACUGCCAAGCAGUUGGAAAACAGGAGAAAUCAAGAACUGAAACUUAAGGAUGAGCUGGCUCGUCGAAAGAGAGCCUGGGAUGAUCGGAGGGCUCAAGAAAAGAAGGAACAAGAGGAGUUGAGGGAGCAUGAGACUGUCGUUGUGGAUAAACUGCUGAGCAGUCAGUUGUCUUUCUCUGAAGAAGAAAGAGACAGGAUCCUAAAGGAACAUGAGAAGCAAAUGGUGAAGUUGGAAAACAGUUUAACUUUGAACAAGCUGCGUCAGACUCGUAUGCUGGAAGAAAAAAUUGCUCAAAGGAAGGCUGCUCAGAUGGAAGAGUUGAGCAAAAAGCAAAAUGCUGAGCUGGACAAACAAAGACAAAUUGCUGAAAACAAUGGAGAAGAAGAUGAUGAGGAGACUCAUAGGAAGGAACUGAUGUUGAUGAAAAAACAUGCAGAACAAAGGAUUGCUCUUGCCCAAGGGCAGGAUCUGAACAUUGAAGAUGAGAUGGAUGAGAUCCGGGCUGAAAUGACCAAAGAGAGAGCAUUGGCUCUGAAGGGUCAAGAGGAAAGACUUGGUGCAAUGAUCACAUCCUUGCAGAUGGACAAAGCAAGAGAGGUGGCAAAAAUCGAAGAACAGCAGAAAGCAAUAAACAAUCUGAAGGCUAAUUUGAUGGAUGACUUGAAUGCGAGGGGAAUUUUGUCAACUCCGGAAAUGGAGAAAAUUCUUGAUAUUCAUAAACAAGAGCACGAAAAACUCAACCAAAAGCUGGAUGGACAAAGGAACAAACAAGAACAGAUGCUUCGUGCCAAACUCCAGGAGCGACUGAUGCAGCGAGAGAAGUCCAUGGUGGAGAGACAAGACAAUGAGAUGAGGUCCAUACUUCAGAAAGCCACCAACAAAGCUAGUGCUAAGAUCCGGAGAAUGCUUCUCAUGCAUAAGCACAUUGUGGAAAUGGAGAAAUUUAAGAACAAACUGGACAGAGAAAUUAACCAAUCUCUAGAAAAUACAAAAAGAGAUUUUGAUAUCCAGAAGCAAAAGAUUGUUCAAGAACAGGAAUUACAUUUCAUCGCUGGACUUGUGAAAGUUGGCAAAUUGAGUCGCAAUGAACUCACAGAUGUCUUGCACAUGCUAUUCCCUGGCAAGACAGAGGAGUCCAUCAGUGAAAUGCUCAACAAAAUCUAUGAGGAGGAUCAAAACAGCAAAAACAUGCCCGAGCCAUCACAAAGCACUCUGGCAGAUCGGAUUUACACAGCACAGUACUCGAACCCUGCCCCGUUGCAUAGAAGGGGGUCUGUGAUGUCUUUGAAUAAGAGUGCAACGUCUAGGAAGUUGUCAAGGAAAGGCUCAAGGAUGAGUAUAAAUGCAAGAGAUGAUUACUCAGCAACAAGAAAUCCAUUCACAGAGUUCUCAAGAUCUUCCCAAAGAAAGUUCGAACCACAGGAGGAGUAUGAAGGUUCCAGGAGGAGAAGUCAGGUAGAAGGCUAUGAUCAGAAGAGGUGGCGUGAGGAUGAUUAUGGCGGACGAGAUAGGCGGAAUCGUUAUGAUGAUGAGAUUAGCGAAAGAAAUCGACAAAAUCGAUACGAUGAGGGGAUGGAUUAUGUGGGUAUGGGAGUUGGUAUGAGUAGUGAACAAGAACUUAACAACUUUUCAGGUCGUUUGCCUCCUCUGAGAGAUAAUGAGAAGCCAAAGGGAAAGAGAAAGAAGAAAAGAUUAUUGAAAAAGAUGGCACAUCAAGAUGAGGAUGACGACGAAAUGUUAUAAACUUUAAUUUAAUUGAUGUAGCUUUAAAAUCUCUUGGGAAGCAUCCAAACUUAAACACUGGACAGCAAUGUUUUGUAUCAAAUGGCAGAUGCAUUUGGGAUGUGUCAGGUGAAGUGAACAUUUGCUGUUGUAAUCUUUGGCCUUAUUUGUUGGGCUUUGUUAUAAUUGUACAUGUAUGAUGUAGAUAACUAGAACUGAAUGCAAAUAUUUUUUGGGGUAUUUUCUAUCAGUGGCUUUGAUGAAAUAUGUUAAUUUGUGAUUUUGAACAAGAAUGAUUUCCUAUUAUAAAGAAUUACAAUAAGUAGGCCUACUUUAAGCACAAAUACUAUCUUCUAUUGCUUUUUGCGCACAAGAUGUUGCAGCUCAGUUGUAACUUCUCUGUGGUCAUGAGAGUUUUUAUUGUAUUAGUUAAGGCUGCUCUUCAUAUAAUAAUAUAGUUUAAUGAUUGAAGCUUUUACUGCAGCAUUGGUUUCCUCAUGAUGGUUCUGGGGAGAUCAACUCAAAUUAUAAUCCUGAGGUUGCUGGUUUGGGGGUUUGAAGCUUACCUCGGCCUGAUGGUUGUGUCCUUAGGAAAGGCACUUUACGCGAAUCGCCCUCCCGCGUUCGAAUGGUUACAUGGCAAUAGACAACGACAGAUCUUUGUCAGUAUGUUAGUGUUUUAAUACCUGUAUGGCAGCCUGCACUAUACGCCUCAUGGGAAGCUGAGAAUGUUCUGAGUGUUCCAGGGUUUGCUGAAAUAAUGGUAGUUGUAAAGCCUAUAGCAUGAAUAUUCUCUAUAUAAUGCAAUUAUUAUUAUUAAGGAGGAUAACUGAACAACACACCUAAAAAACAAACAUGGUAUCUGUGCAAAUGAUUUCCUUCACAGAAGUUUUCAGUAACAGAAGGGCUGCACCAGAUUUGACAGGAAAAUAAUGAGAAAAAUUGUUAUUUAAGUGUGAGAGUUCAAGGAAUUCAGUACCGGUAUAUUUCAUCUAUUGAGAUUUGCAGACUGUGCUAAUGGCUUUUCCAGUUUUUAUCCAAAUUAUUCUUGGUGGAGAAUUAUCAGUACAAAAGAUUUGUAUCCAAAGGUUCCUGCUUGAAAUAAUAUGAUCUGUGUAGCGUAACCGGUUUUUACACUUUUAUUUUGUUUCUAUCACCUCUUUUGUGAUGUGUUGUCAAAAUCUUUAGGAUGGCUUUUGUCAUUGUUUAAAGAGAUAUUAGUUUUCGCUAAGAUUGACUGUGAUCAUUUGGUUCAACAAAUGACUUGGCUCAACAGGUAUAAAUUUCCAUCUCUAUGUUAUCAGUUCUGUUUGUUUUGUUGAUUGUCGCAUUUACUUAUCUCAAUGAAAGCCAGUUUGCUCAAGGAAGUUGUUGACCUCAUUCCUAAUUCAUGACAAAAUUCAGAGACUUGUUCUUUGUGGUUUUUGUAUUUUUCUAUGAAGCUGUGGUUUUUGGCCAUUGUAGGCAUGCACAUGUCCUUCGAUGAUCAAUUAUUGUUUCACUGUUGUUACUUUGUUAGAGAAUUGGAUCAGAUUUGUUGGUACAAAUCGCUACAGAUUGACAUGGUUUUUGUAUACCUUUGUCAUCUUCUUUGCUUCUGGUAAUGUGCUUACAUUUAUUUUUAGUUUACGGAAUACUAAAAGAGUUAACUUACAGUUUUCUAUCUUAAUGGAUUUAAAACACACAGGUAUACAACAGAACAUAGAAAGUUUUGUGCGGAUUGGAAAAGGGAUAGAUUUACUCUUUCUGGAAUUCGUUUUUCAGGGUCUAGACGUAAUUAAUUUUUGGCUCGAUAUGGCUUUACGGGUGACGUACAAAGUAACUUCAUAAGCAAAGCCAUCACUCAAAAAGUAACAUGUGAUAUAUCAAAUUGAAGAAAAUUGAAUGAGGAAUGCAUUCAGACAUGAAACAAGGAUAAAUUUUGAACAUAAGCAUGUAUAGCAAGGGUCAGAAUGAGGGAUGAGAAAAAUACAUUUUAAC